GUACAAGUUUACAGCCUACCAUGAUUUACAUAAAAUUUAGUUUUCUUUCUUAAAGUAGUCGCAUUAGGUCACAAUGAAUAUUUUACACUGUGCAGUAUUUGUUACACUAGUUUUUGCAUGUGCAAAUUUUCCUGUGACUUACGGAAAGCUGGUAUCGAUCCAAGAGGAUGUUCUUCGUGCAUUGUUGGUGAUGCAUAGGUCAUGUGACACUGGAGCCAGUAGUUCUCAUUAUGCAUUUUAUGCGUAUUUGUCACAUGACUUACCAGAGCCUGGAGGGAAUCGUCAUUUUAUUUACGACACUGUCAAGACAAAUAUUGGAAAUGCAUAUAACAACAUCACUGGGACAUUUACAGUCCCUCGUAAUGGAAUCUACUCUUUUACCUGGUCCACCCGAGUCGAGUGUUCCAAGGCACAUACAACAGAGCUUGUUCUCAAUACGAGAGUUCUUGGGAGUACUUACAUCUGGUGUGGCUAUAAUACAGUGACUGGUCAUGUCGUCACUUAUGCUUCACAAGGCGAGGCUGUGUUUGUGCGAACCCACUCUUCGCCAGGUAAAGGGGCGAUAAAGAGUAAUAACUCAGGCCGGUCUGCAUUUUCCGGAUUUUUGAUUGCGUAAUUUUUUACCCUAAAUUUCGCCGAUUAGCGGAAUAUUUUUUUCCUACAUAUUAUAUAUUAAUUAUACGCAUUUUUUUUUUAUGACUUCUCAAAUGUGUAUUUGUUUUAGUCAUUAUAAAAUAAUAGUCUUUCACGCACUUACCCUCGAAGUAUGGACCCCCUUUUAGAUAGAUUAACGUCAUGUCGUGUUAUUCAGUUGACAACUCGCGAUUAUUUCAAAUAAACGAAUGCAUGCGUU